CACAAAAAAUUCCCUAUCGGUUUCCUCCAGAUCGCCAUCAAGUUCACCAACGAGCCGCCGGAGGGUAUCAAGGCCAACCUCAGUCGCACCUACCUGGGUAUCACGCAGGAUUUCCUGGAGAUUUGUGUCACUUUCCACUGGCGAGUCAUGCUCUACUCGCUGGCCUUCCUGCACUGCACUGUGCAGGAACGGAGGAAAUUUGGCCCAAUCGCUGGGAUCAUGCCUGAUCUAGCCGGCUUCGAUGAUGUCACUGACGGUACCUCUCCGUGCGUGGCAGCGGUUCUGGAGCUCUCUACAAAGUCUCUUCUCCAGCUCUGGAGACCUAACACCGAAGGUCCAAGAAACCCUUUCAUGUCCUGA